AAAAUCGUGAGUUCCACAACGUAAAACCACUCAUCAUUCACGUGGGCGACGCGAGUCGUGGCUCACGAGGGAUGACAUGAUUCGUGACAACUUGUCCCGAUUGUAGCUCGUCGGACAAGCUGUAAUCGGGUCUCAUGCUUGAAUCAGCACUGGCUGUCGGCUGAUCAUGCCUACAUUUCGUCUCAGCGGAAGAUUUUGCUUCAGUCUCUUGGUAUGUUUUCAUGAUCAUGUUUCAACGACAACUCUGUGUAACUUAGCAGGAGACUCACACUGCUGCAGUCCAACUGCUGCGAAUGCGAACAUGCAUGCAACUGUUGACUAAGCGUUACUGCUGGUGACCACCGCUUUGACUUCCUGUUCACAAUGGAACCAUGCAUGUAUCUGGAAAUGGGAUUGUCAACAAGCUUAUUUGUUCACUUAAACAGUUUUUUAAAUUGGGGGCGGUCGAGUUGUUCGGCUUUGCGUGAAAAACUUUUACGCGUUGCCGCGAGGAUUUGUCAGCAUGAUUCAGCUGUGGCUGAUCCACAGAUCGCCCUUCCUCUUCAACCACGAAUCAAUCUGUCGGGUUUGUAAGAUUUCUUGCCAGCGACCGACCUCGUAAAUCGGUAUCGCCACUUGUACUUUUGAAGCGACCAGCUUCAACCUUCUCUCCAAUUAAUCAUGACCGAUUCACCUCUUCGAUGGGGAUUUCUUGGCUGCGGUCGAAUCUCCCACGCUUUCGCUGGAGCCAUCAAGGACUUGGAUACCGUGACGUUGCAAGCCUGCGCAGCCAGAUCGCUGGCAAACGCGCAAAAGUUCGCCAGCGAACACGGUGUUGCUCGUACCUACGACUCGUACGAGGCGCUAUGCUCAGACCCGGAAGUUGACGUCGUGUACAUCGGAACUCUUCACCCGUGGCAUUGCGAACACGCAACGUUGGCUCUAAACCAUGGCAAGCACGUUCUCGUCGAGAAGCCAAUGGCAAUGAACGCGAAGCAGUCAGCUUCGCUCAUUGCAUUGGCUCGAGAGAAGAAACUUUUCCUCAUGGAAGGCAUGUGGACGCGAUUCUUCCCGAGCAUUCGGUUCGUUCGUAAACUACUGGAUGACAACGAGAUUGGGGAAGUUCGCCACGUUCACGCCGAGAUCGGGUACCCGUUCCCCAAGGACGAAGCUCGUCUGUGGAAUAAUGAACUGGGAGGAGGCGGUCUGCUUGACAUCGGCAUUUACCCUCUUGCCUUUGCGACGAUGGUGUUUGGCACGGAGCCUGAGAAGGUCACGUCGGCUGGUACACUCAACGAUGGCGGUGUGGACGUUCACAACUCAGUGACGCUGCGUUACAGCGCCAAUCGCUUCGCCACGAUCGAGUAUUCGAUGCUGGUUCAACUCAGUGAGACCGUCACGAUCUCUGGAACUACUGGCCGUAUCCUCAUCCACACGCCAGCUCAUGUUGCUUCGGAAGUGUCCAUCAUUCGCAGCUCUGGACCAGGAAAAGAAGAAUCGACGACGACGAAGUUUCCGUGGCCCAAGGCAGACGACGGGUACUCUUGUUUCCUCCACGAGGGCGAAGCAGUGACGAAUGCUAUUCAGUCUAAGCAACUCGAAGCCAAAGAGUACUCGCUCGAUGAAUCGCUCGGGAUCAUGACCAUUAUGGACAAGAUCCGCAAGGACAUUGACCUUGUUUACCCUGCAGACGCCUAGGAAACAUUUUUGCAAGUUGCAAUUUCGUAGCGCAAUACUUCAACCACAAAACAUUCCAAGUGGAAAUGAUACCUGAUUAC